AAGUUUUUCUAAUUUAAAGAUUAUGCAUUCGAGUUUAAUAACUCAUGAAGAAUUAAAAGAACUUUUAUAUAAUAUGUCAAAUAUUUAUAAUGAAGAACAAUUACCUUUUAAAAAUAAAGAUUUCUUAGAUUAUUAUAAAGUGGUAGAAACAAAUACAUUCUUUUACGAAAAUAAAAUAAUAUUUUCGCUAAAUUUUCCAUUGAUACAUCCACAUCCUUUAGAAUAUUAUCAUUUAUAUUCUAUUCCUAAUGUUAAUCAAACAAUAAUUAUCCCACCUUCAAAUUACCUUAUCCUGGGAAAACAUGAGUAUCAAUACGACACUGAAGAAUGUAUGAAGACCAGUACAAAGUAUUUUUGCCAAAGAAGUCAUCUCCUACCACUACCUCAAAGUGAAGAUUGCGUUACGUCAACGCUAUCCACUACGAAGAAUACACAAACUUGUAAUCAAAUAUCUAUCAAUAUGAAGAAUAACAUCAUAGAAGAAGUAGAUCAAAUGCAUUAUAUUGCAGUAUUUCUAAAAGAAGAAAAAAUAACUACUAUAUGUGAAGAAAAACAAGUAAUGGCCCUGAAAGGAACACACCCUGUAUUGAUUUCUGGAAUACAGACAUUGACAAAUAUAAAUGUUAUUCCAAUCAAGAAAUUAAAUAUUGAAAAAAUACCCUUGGACAAAAUGCAUUUAAUUCAAUUAGAAGAAGAAAACCCAAUGGAAAACUUCUACAUUCAUUCCCAUGCAGUGAAUUGGACACUUUGGAGCAUCUUCUUCAUUCUAAUUAUUUUUGCAACUUCUUAUUUCAUUUUUAGAAAAAGAAAACUUCAACCGAAGCCCGUUCCCCAUCCAAGGAUGAUUAACGAAACUCAAGUUAGUCCACCCUAGAGUUUCUUCUUCGCAGGGAGGA